AAAAACAAAAAUUUGUGCACCGAAAGGAUGGGGAAGGGGCGCAGGGUUGGAACCCACUCUCAUGAGUUGAAUUGGGCACUGAGGCCCAACGCCAAACCAUUUUUGGGUGCUCAAAUUGAAACACACACAGUGACUGAGCCGCUUCUCUUCUCUUCUUUUCUCUCUGGAAUCGGAAUGCCUCUAUCCUUUUCUAAGCUCGGCAAUUCCUUACCCUUCUCCAGGCUCUUCAGACAGCUGGAGCAGGAGAUGGAAACGGUGAUUAAGGUACUGGAGCCUGGACCUUUGGGAGUUGUUGAACACAAGUUCUCUGCUGAAGAGAUAUGCGAGGCAAAUGCCACUGUUUCGAGAGCGGUAGAGAAUUGGCGAAGGAAUGCUAAACUAGAGCAGAACAGUAAUGUGCUGAAAGAUUAUAUUCACAAAUGAUGGAAUACUUGGUUGCUUCAUUUUCUAAAAAUAAGUGGAUUAUAACCAAUUCUGUUCAAGGUUAGCUUUUCUCAAUGCUUUGUUAUAGUAUUGUUCCUUUCAAAGUUUUAGCUCUUCUUAGUCCUCUGAUUCUUUUGUUUGGCUGUUCUUCUCCCAAUACAUGCACACCUUCUGCUGUGUUAUGAUUAUGAUAGAAAAAAUGGUUUUUUUUU